GCGGCGCAGCGCAGCGUGCCUGGCAUGUCGACCGACCGACCGACCGACCGAACGAACGCAUCGCACGGCACAACGCGGCGCGAUACACAACACACGGUGACCUGCGUUCGAUAUGUUCCACCGACGAUGCGGCUACCGUGUCACCCUCAGCAACAACAAUUGCACAGCCACGCGGUGCCUCUCCGACGACACUGACGGUCUGGUGUUCAGUGCCGAGCCGCUCCGGGAUGACGAGCUGUUCGAAGUCCUCAUCGACAAAAAGAUCAUAUCGUGGAGUGGCAGCAUAGAAAUUGGAGUAACGGAAUGCGAUCCUGAAGCCUUGGAGAUACCAUCCUGUGCCAUAAGCCUCCGUCAUGGCACCUGGAUUAUGACUAGUUCGGGUAUAGUCCAUGAUGGAGACAGAAUCGUAGAAGUGUAUGGGACAGAUCUUAAUGAUCUGGACGAGGGGAAUACUUUAGGAGUAAUGCGAACGUCCAAGCAUGAGCUGGUAUUCUACAUCAAUGGUAUUUCACAAGGCGUUGCUGUCAACAAUAUACCACAGCGUAUCUUUGCUCUUGUAGAUAUAUAUGGUGAUUGCGUACAAGUCAGCAUAGCUCGCUCCCGACUUGCUGCUUUAUGCAAUGUGUCGAAAGAUGAAGUCGAGAUCAAUAAUGAUUAUGCUGUAGGGGAAACCUCCAGUUCCACGACAACCAAUCUAGUCACUAACUUAAAUGUUAAUCUAAGUGUCAAUGUAAAUGUUAAUUUACCAAAAAAUCCAACUCCUGCCGCUAUAAGAGAGGAUAGAUUAAGGUUUCACGAGAGAGUCGGCUCACUGGUGAAACUCUCCAAUAAUGCCAGAACCGCUGAGAGGCGGAGACCGCUUGAUGAAUUUAAUAAUGGUGUUGUGAUGACUCACAGGCCGCUACGAGAUAACGAACUGUUUGAAAUACGAAUAGACAGAUUAGUGUACAAAUGGUCAGGCAGUAUUGAAGUCGGCGUUACCACUCAUAGUCCUACAGCGCUAGAAUUUCCAGCAACGAUGACCAAUAUGCGUUCAGGCACGACGAUGAUGUCUGGUUGCGGUAUUUUAACAAAUGGCAAAGGCACGCAACGUGAAUACGGCGAGUUCAAUUUAGAUGAAUUGAGGGAAGGAGAUCGUGUGGGUAUGAUUAGGCAAAGUAAUGGAGAUCUUCAUUAUUUAAUAAACGGUUUGGAUCAAGGCGUUGCUGCUAAAGUACCAGCUAGUGUAUGGGGUGUAAUAGACCUUUAUGGAAUGACCGUGAAAGUAACUAUUGUUGAUCGUGACGAAAGGGAAGAACAAAAUUUGGUUACUAGAAGAAAUACAUUACAGCUACAAGGUCUGGAUAGCGAAGAAGCCGGAGAAGAAGAGCUUCCUGAUAGGCUGAUGUUUCAUCCCUGUUGCGGCACACAUGCCGACGUGAUCAAUAAUGGACGUACAGCGCACAGGCCUAAUGCCAUAGAUGAUUUCAAUAACGGUGUAGUAUUAACUUCAAGGCCGUUGAAGCCGAAUGAGCUAUUCGAAGUCAGACUAGACAAAAUUGUGACGAAAUGGGCCGGUUCUAUCGAAAUAGGAGUCACUACGCAUUCCCCGACAGAAUUGGAAUUUCCAUUCACCAUGACGAACGUCAGAUCUGGCACGUGGAUGAUGACAGGUAACGGUGUUAUGCACAAUGGUACCACUAUGAUAGAUCAGUACGGCCAGAAUCUGGAUCGUCUGCAAAUCGGCGAUCGCGUAGGUGUAAUGAGAAAGGAUAAUGCGACCCUGCACUUCUAUGUGAAUGGGGCGGAUCAAGGUGUAGCUGCGAUGAACGUGCCCGAAAAAAUCUAUGGAGUGAUCGACCUUUAUGGACAGGCUGCUCAAGCUACUAUAGUCGACAAUGUAGACUUUUACAGUCCGACUACAAAUAACUCGAGUUUUAGUAAUACGACGUUGUAUAGUGAUCUAAGGUUUCAUCAUGUACACGGUAAUGCACGAAUUACGAAUAACGGAUUAACGGCGUCCAGACCGCGAGCUCUGGGUGAAUUCAACGAAGCUAUUGUGAUUGCGAAUCGUGCGCUACGCGACGGUGAAAUGUUUGAAGUAACAAUAGAUAAAAUGGUUGCCAGAUGGUCCGGUGCUAUAGAAGCAGGAGUCACUGUGAUAAGGCCUGAUGAGUUAGAGUUUCCGUCUACGAUGACAGAUAUCGAUCACGAUACGUGGAUGCUCUCCGGAUCGACAGUGAUGCGCGACGGUGUUAUUUUACGUAAUAAUUACAGUUGUGACUUGGAUAAGUUGAUGGAAGGCAAUCGGAUCGGAAUGAUGCGGUGUUCAGACUCUUCCUUACAUUAUUUUUUGGACGGAGUAGAUCAAGGUCCCGCCUGUACGGGCUUACCACAAAACGUUUAUCCGGUUAUCGACUUGUACGGUCAAUGCGCACAGGUGACGAUCGUGUUGCCUGAACGUAGAGAUCCUCUGACGCAACAAUAUCUGGCAUCCGAGAACAGUAUUAGCCAACAGCCGACCUCAGUAAUUCAGCCCCAAGUGCAAACGGAGAUUCUACACAAAUUCCACGAAUCGGUUGGUCUAAACAUUCAACUGAAUGGUGAUAGAACAGUGGCGACCAGAUGCAGAGAGUACAAUAACGCCGUGUUAUUGAGCGAGGCAGCGCUGGAGAAUAACGAGUUGUUCGAGAUUGCCAUCCAGGAAGUGGCACGUGAGUGGAGCGGUUGCUUGAGGAUAGGUAUCCUGAGUAACGAAACGGGCAAUUGGUUGACGUCAAUGAAUCUCGUACCUGGUAUGACAUCCAUUCCCAGCGAUGCCUGGUACCUAACGGGUAACGAGGUGAGACAUAUGGGUUUCGCACUCGCCUCGAACUACUGUACCAGUCUGGAUUGGUUACGGGUAGGUGAUAAGAUCGGCGUGAAACGCACGCACGAGGGCAACCUCAAGUUCUACGUAAAUGGCGAGGACAUGGGUGUGGCGGCAUCUGACAUACCGGAGAUGGUGUACGCGGUAAUCGAGCUCUUUGGUAGUACCGUGGCCGUGAACAUUACUAGCAGCAGGCAGCAAAAUCCUGCUGCUAUAUCCCCUAAUGCUAGUUUGAGGCUGCAGGAUUCAUUGGAACUCCUGUUAGAUCCGGUGCCACCAAGAAACGACGCGGGAAUGGAUACAUCCAUUGAUGUCUCUGAAGGAAAGCUCAUUAAUGAAGUGACACUCACGCCGACACAAGCCGUUGUCACUGGUCUGACCACUAACGAUGGAGACUGGAAUUACGAAUUUCACGAGAACCAUGGCAGAAACAUUCAGCUUGAAACGAAAACGAUCGCCAAACGAGUGGCCAGUUACAACCAAGGUGUAGUGAUGUCUAGUCGUCCAUUAAUAAAGGGCAAGCCGUUCCAAGUUAGAAGAAAGUUAAAUGAACGUUGGGUAUCUAAUAUACUCUGUGGUGUUUCUUGCAUAUCGCCGGAGAAACAAACAAGCUUUCCGUUAACCGCGCUCGGUUUUAAGAGGCACUCGUGGAUCAUCUGCAGUGACUGGAUAUUUCAUAAUGGCACGAGAGUGAAGACGAGGUACGGCGCUGGCUUGGAAAAUCUUCAAUGCAACUCCAUUGUAGGUUUGCUGAUUGAUGAAGACAAUCGACUACAUUUAUUCAUCAACAACGUGGAUCAAGGAGUAGCCGCGACCGAUCUACCACCGUAUAUUUUUGCUGUGAUUGAUCUGUACGGACAGUGCGAGCAAGUAUCCAUUGCAGGGAUCAACGAAGAGUCCUCUUACACGAACGUUGCCAUUGACAAUGCACUCGCGGCUCCUAUCGAGUGUGCGAACGUGGAAGUAGAGGAUGUGGAAAAUUCGCGCGAGAAAGCCGAUCUGGAGUGUCACGAAAAGGAAAACGCAAUGGCAACUACCUCAUCGGAUCUCUCACCAUCCUCGACAUCACCAAGUGUACCGAGUCAAUGCAGUUCGAACCCUAGGGAUGAUAACAUUGAAGCCGAAUACUCGUCUUUUGGUAACAACAAUAGUACAACUCUGGCGAAUAAUAGUGUAAGCACCAAAACGGCGUCGGGUAUUGAUAGUAACAAUUCGGAUUCAGGCUCGGAGUUGAGCAAUGAUGCGCGAAGCGUCAAGAACAGAGUUUAUCUAGACAACGUCGUACCACCGACAUUGAAUAAGCAACCUGAAAACAACUCGAGCGAGUCGAAUCUUGACGCGGGAAGUCGCGCGCUGUGUACAAACGUAGAGAUAAACAACGCGACUAAUAUUAAUAUACAAAAAGGUAUGGUCGCCAGUGCGAGUAACAUGACCAGCCUGAACGCAGCGAUUACCGCGACGAACGCCAACAACGCGAUUAACGAAAGUAUAGCGUCCAAUAGUCAAGUCAAUAUUGUAAGCAGCGCUCAAUGCAAUUUGUCGGAUCUUCCCAACAACGCCUGCUCUGGCUUUCAUGAGUCGCGGUCCUAUGGGAACCGAGACAACGCCGCGUCAAUCCGUGACAACUCCUUCAACGGGAACAUACUUCCGAGCCAGAAUACGACGGCUAAUCAACGGGACGUGUACAACGCGUCCUCGAUACCAUUAAUGCCGUCAUCGUUACCGUCCACUCCACUCGGGUCCACUGUCGUCGCAUUAUCUAGGAAAUGCGAUUACUUGAGAGCGUGUAUGCAGCUAAAGAAAUCACUCGUUUUACCGGAUGAAUUUUUUUCCACGGACGAGAUACUAUGCUACUGCAGUGUGUGUUACAAAGUGGACGGCGACAAUGCGAUCUGCAAGAAGGGCGAGCCGCCGGCGGAAUUCGCGAUACCAGUUGGUUGGGCCAGGUUCCCGCUGAAGCAGAGCAUCAAUGCUAAUCAGAUUCCGCAGAACACAACGGACAAGUGGCAUGUUGCAUUUUAUGGUAUACGUCUGGACGCAAUAAGAUUGAUCCUGGAUAGAGGAGAGCUAAUGACCAAAGAACAACUGGACGUCAGUAAUUUGACGGCGGGUACAAAGAGUGAAGAUCAAAAUCCUCAGGUAUCGUUUUCACCCAGUAUAAAGUACGCAGCGUCUGAUGAAUUUACGAGAAAGUACCCAUAUAUCGAUACUCAAUCGAAUAAAAAACUGAACGCAUCGACCGCGUUUCAAUUGCUGGUGAGACCUGGCUCAUAUACAAUUAGUCCUAGCGAUAAGGACAGUACCGAUCUCCAUUGCGAGUCCAGCAAGUGGGCCACCAAAGAAGCCGGCGCCACGGUAAUCGUCGCCCUGCUCGUUCAUCUGGAUGGAUUUUAACCCGUUCGUUUCUAAAAGUAUUUCUCAUGAACUUGCGUUUCUUCCGUUUCACAUCACCCACAUCGAACUGUUUGUAUAUAUAAUGUGCCGUUAACAUGAUUGUGGUAAGAGAUUUUUCGAGAUUAAUAUUUCAAUUCCGUCAAAGUCACGCUGUAUAUUUAUGUUAGAUUCUCUAGUAAGUUCCCUCAUGUGCGUUUAGCCGUUGAAGGAUUUCAUCAAAAACAUUAUGUAUUAGAGAAUAAUUAAGAUUUUAAUUAUCUCUUAACGUUUAACGCUUAAUGUGUACAGUAUAAAUGAUUGUUUAAUAGAUACGUUUAUUUAUAUUUAGGAUCUAAGAAAAGAUUCGUUGUAGAUUUGCUGGGCACAGCUAUGACAAUUUUGUGACGCACUGUAAAAGACUUAAUUAGUAUAACAUAAGUUUUAAACGUUUCGUCACGUGUCACAUAUACGUCGCUAGACUGGCCUAGGUUAAUGCUCACGAGAACAAAUAAUGUAUGAAGUACGCUGUAUAAUCGCGGUAAUGAUAUUCACCGUUUGAGAGAAGAGAAUACAGUAUUUUUGACGCCCGCGCUUCACGCCUAAUCGAUAUACCAAAUCUCUAUUGUACCGCAUUAGUAAGUAAAUUCUCAAGACACAAUACAAUUUUUUUAACGCACUCUUCUGCAGCAUAUUCGAUAGGAAUCGUGUAAUAUGUCUAUGUUGUAGAAAUAAAUUAUGCAACUGCGACUCGCAUUGCCAACACU